AUGGAAAUAUCUAAUACAGAAAUAGUUGAAAAUUCGAAAACAAAUGAUAGUAAUGAAUCUAAUCAAGAUCAACAUUCAUCUCAAGAUAUAAAUCAAUUAGUAUGUUGUUUAAAAAAUGCGAUUUUUUCCAAAUAUAUUUCUGAUUAUUUAAUUGAUAAAACAGAAGAAAUGUGGGUUUUAUAUGAAAAACGUAUUGAUAAAUUUCUUAAAGAAAAACAUUUUAACAUAAAGUGUAAAGAUACACAUCCACAGACGUCUAUUCAACUCAAAGAAAUAGUUAAAUAUCAACAGAAAAAUAUACUUGAAUGUAAACGAGAUCUUGAAAUUUUAUGUUCUUCAUCGAAACGUUUACGAACUGAUAAGAAAUAUUUAUUACCAAUGCCCUCUAAUCAACGUGUUGCAACCAGUAGCAAUUCAAUUUCUAUACCAAAAACACCGCGAUGUAUUAAUCGUUAUAAAAUAACAAAUGAUAUUUAUAAUAUUAAUAUUGAUAAUUAA